AUGACGCCUCACGAAUGCUACUCUACGCCAGCUUUCAAUGAGAUAGAUACCGGCCCUGUCUGGCGAAGGCCCCUGAGUCAUCGGGAUGGGAGCUAUCUUUUCUGUUUUAUCCAACUUCUAGCUGACGGAGUUGACAUGGACAGGUUUCCGGCGGGCAAAAAUCAAGGCGGCUUAGACGAAGUUACAGAAGCGUUAAGGCUAUUUCUUUCCGCAGUCGCAUGGUGGAAGAGGGUCUGGGUUAUCCAAGAGGUGGUCAUCACCAGCAGAAUUAUGAUAUUGUAUGGCUCUAUGCUUGCUCCGUGGGAGAUGUUCGUUAAGGCCGCGAACCGCGUGCAUAACAAUCCUCAGAUGGAGAUUCCCUCACUCGCGGUAAACGACACGAAAGUCCUGGCGGAAUUUUCACGGCGAAUCCUCAGCAUCGAGUCCAUCCGAACCCGAUGGCAGAGUCCUGAGCAGAUAACAUUGUUACAGCUCUUGCGCCAAUUCAGUGGCAGAGCGGCCACAGACCCCAGAGAUAAGGUCUAUGCUUUGCUUGGUCUUGCAAAGGACAGGCCUUCUGUUGAGCCUAAUUACGCGGCUUCAGAGCUGGAUGUUUUCAUUGACACUACUCUCGAUAUUAUAUCUAGAACAGGGAGCCUCGAUGUAUUGAUGGGCGAUUUCACAAUGAAGAGUACUCACGCACUUCCCUCGUGGGUACCCGAUUGGAGCUCACCCCUUGAGGCAUCCAUACAGAGCCGGGUAGAGAGUGUGAAACAUUACACUGCAUGCAAGAACUCUACAAUCAAUGUGCAACUGGAGGCAUCGAAUGAACUGUCGAGUGCAUAUAAGAAGAGUUAUAUAAGCCGAACGAAGUACGUUGGAGUAAUUGAGAAGCACUACAGGUCUGAAGCAGGACCAAUGUGCUUACGACUGCCUCAGCAAGGACAUAUAUCUCCGCCGGCCUUGAUCAUCGAACCGAUUAUGGCCGUCGGAGAAACGAUGUGGUCUGAUGUAGUGCUAGUUUCGACAAUUAGCUCAUGGCUGGCGAUAAUCGCUGAAUACUCGUUCCUUCUCGAGAAGAUGAUACCCCAUGAAGACUUUCGAGAGCACCAUGUGCUCUGA